AUGCUGUCCCCCAUCUCAGUCACCCCCGCCACAGAAUGUUACUUGCGCAGUCGUUUCCAGGAUUAUCUUCUCGCCAAUGAUCUGCAGGUCAGGGCAAAGAAGAUGAUGGCUUGCUUUACGGAGAGUUUCCUUCCGGUGCCCACCGACGACCUGAAUUCCGCUUGGGACGAGCUGCCCAACGACACGGUCGACGUCAUGCCUACGUCAUCUAAAGCUGACAAGAUGUCUCUUCGCGCUCCGCCGCCUACGCCUUCUGAUGCUAAUUCCUCCGUAGAUGGAGGCUCUAGUCACUGUGGCCCAUCAUCCUCCGACCGCAGUGACGAGGAGAAGUCGCCAUUCGUAUAUGAAACGGACUCUCCGACUCCCGACGUCGUAGCAUUCAAAGUUAUUGCUCUGGAACCCUCUGACUCGCAUUAUCUACUACUCGACGACAGCGGCAACGUGUGCCACCGUAGUACCAACGAGAAGCUGUGUGACGAACUGAACAACAGUGUCCCGGCAGAACCCCGGCAAGGUUCUGAAAUAUCGACAUCCGUGUCGGACUUGGACGGCAUUUCAACGGGUCACAGAAGCUCGCCCAGGUCGUUCCCGGAUUUUCAAGCGACGGUAGACAGGGGUGUCGCCGAUAUUUGCCAACGGGGCAUUCGGCCUUUUGUCCAUUCUUUAUUGCUCAGUGGGGUGGAAACCAUCCAGUCAGCACCACUUGUGUCUAGGCUUGCGAAUGCUGCUAUUCAACGAAUUUCAAAUAUAUCAUACAUGGAAGCAAAGGAAUUGACGAAGGCUAUUCGUGUUGGAGCUUUGGAGAUGUUCCAAAAUCAUUGGAAGCCUGUACGUGGGUCCGACAUGCUUGCGGCUCCGGAUGGCAACGCCAACCACCUGCAGGACGGAGACUGGGGUCAAGUCUCGUCGACAUCAACAGACUGCUCACCAUUUGGUUCGCGAGGUCUCAACACGGCUGGAUUGAUGGGCUCGUUAUUCAAUGCAAAAGUCGUACCGGCUGAAGACAUCCUCUUAUGCUUAUUCUUUCUUCUGGAGGGGGAGAAGCGCUUCGACCGCUUGUGCGCCAUGCACGCACUUCUUGUACAAGCCAACGAUCAGCUAUGCAAAAGUCGCAACCUUCAAGAAUUAACACGGUUUACGAAUUUGUUAAGCAUUAGGGAUCCCACGUCCGGCUGUUUCGCCUGGGCACCUACAUUGCAUGCUCACGCUAUACUUCAGGAUAUAUUUGACGGCAUUAGAAGCUGGAAGCGUAUCCAGGCCAUCAAAAGCCAACGAUAUGAAGCGAGGGCAAAGAACCGCUUGAUACCCCCACAUGCUGCCGGUCCAAGACUGCGGUAA